AGUACGGGGGAGAUGGGAAGGUGUUCACGACCCAGGGUGCUGCUGCGUUUUGUCCUUCAUUAAUCCCUCCUUUCGUCAAAUUGUAGUCAUACUGGAUCGAUAAUCCUGUAAGGUCAGACCGUCGGCGGUAGCAUCUGUCUGACACGUAUCGACGCUUAGCUGGAUAAAAGAACGAGCGAAGGGUUGGAGACGUCCGGCGUGUCCUUCCUCUGCGCCCGGUACGCACAAGCAAAUGAGAUGUCGUUUAACUGCGCACCAAGACGCGCAAGAUGCGCACUGGAGAUCGCCCGUUGAACUUCACCACCUCUGGCAGACCCUAUCAUUAGGAUUUGUGUCCGGUAGCCUAUCGCAGUCGGUGCUUAACCACGCGCGUGGCAGAACGGUUUGGAUUUAAACGCCAACAAGUGGAAUCGGUAAUGUGCUCUUUCACCGGGACCCAUGCGCUGACACGUGGAUUUGAUUAGUUCUGUUUAAUUAAUGUGAGGGGAGACGCUCUGCUAAUAUCCCACUCAGCAACUCAUGGUCUGCGGGCGCAGAUUUGAAGCUAUAAACCCACCGCUUCUUCACAGCGCGUCCUCGGCGGGGCUGGAGCGGAGAGAACCGGGAACGCUGAGGAAUGCGGAGCCGGGAUUUUGUUUUUUUCCAGCUCACCUGCGGAACUCUUCGCAGCACAAACCAAAGAAUCACUGAUUCAUCUUGAUCGGUGCAUCAGGACACACACCCAGACUGAACGGACGCGGGGUCAGUACUACAUAACCUUCUCCGUCUUUUCAUCCUCCAGCCGGUGAGCACGCGGGGCACAAUGCUGAGGCAGAUCCUCCUCAACUCCACUGACACCCCAGACUUCGACCUGGUGCUCAUGGCCCAGUCCUCCACGCACGGCCCCUCCUCCCUGAAUGCCUCUCACGGCGGUUCGGUGAGCGUCGCCGCUCUUCUGAGACCCACCACGGGGCGAGGGGGAGGGGGGCUCCGGGAGGGCGAGCUCCACAAACCGGACCUGAUCACCUACAUAGUCAUGUGCCUACUGCUCUUCCUGUUGGUGCUGCUCAUUGUGUUCUUCAUCAACUGCCAGCUGCGGAACUCUUUCUUCGCCUCCAUGCCAUAUGACAGGUCGCUGAGAGAGGCCCGGACCUCCUACAAGUAGCUAGACAAGACCCCCACCAGGACAGAUCUCUGUGACCGGGUCUUUAGUGAGACUCCUGUGGGGGUCGAAGGACUGACUGUCCACCCCUGGACUGCUGCUGCACGUAUACAGGACUCGUGAAUUCGUUGCCUUUUAGAAUUUGUAGACAGGCCUAAAUAAAACCUGAUUUGUCAGGGUCUCGGUUGAACAAAUGUUGCCGAUAUUUUCCACUUCAACGCCCACAGCACUAUCCCAAAAAGAUAGCUCUUCGGACCAUGGGGGGCUAUUUGGGAAGAUCAACACUGAAUGGGCCCACUGCAGGUGGAAAGAUAACAUUAGACUAUAAUCCUGGUCGAAUUAGGGACUCAUAUAGCCUAUUUUCUGUUGAUUAAUGAAUAAAAUGUGAAACAAUCCAUCAUCCCCUACAACCAACUCGUGGUCCCCGUAUUGCACUUUGGAAAUAAAUGAUGUAUUGCUUUACAGUAUAUUCCUACGCUUGUGUUGAUUCAUCUGCUUACAAAUGUGACCUAUAGCGCCUGCAAUUGGGGUCCAAAUUCGCAGUAUUUCUCACUGGCUCAGACAAGAUUCUUUUUUCUUUUUUUUUUUUCCAUAGAAACGUGACAUAGGGUAACAGAAAGAGUAGCCUACACAGUAGGUUGUAUAUAAAAUAUUUUGUAUGACUGUAACUUAACUGUCUUGUCUCGUGAAAUGAAACAAUCAACACACAAGUCGUCCAUGUAAAAUGCUGAUUAAAUUACAGACUGUUUCUAUAUCGUCACAUAAAGAUAUUCAAAUGGCUUUGAGUGGCAGUCUCUUCAUCUAUCCGCCUGCGUAUUAAUGGCAAUGCUGAAAAUGAUGCUGCAGCUGCUGAUGUGAAGAUCCAACUGUUAAUCAUUUUAAUACGUCCGUAGAGGCGUUCUCACGAGUGCCAUAGGGCUGCUGGCCUUACCGUGCACUUUCACUUUUAAUUAACCUCUCCCCCUCAAAGUAUAGCGCCAAUACACCAGGUAAUGAAGACCUGACUGAAGUUUAUGACGAUACCUGUGCGAUAAACUAAACUGUUGUCGGUUUAAGUGCCACCGGUGAUGCGCAAAUCCUCUCCAAU